GCCGCACAGAAUUUCCACAGCUAAGUGCGAGAUACAUAGAUACAGCAAGUCAGUGGAUACGUCAUAUAUCGCAAAGAAAACCGCAGCGAGAAUCAUAAAAACCAAGUUCCCGAAGAGUCGCCUGCACAAACCUCAUAAGCAUUGCCAGUUUCCCCGUUUGUUGCGCUUAUCGCAAUUGACGGGGCCCCCUACUUUUUGUCAUCCCCCCCUCCCCGUGCUGUUCUGCGGGCUCCAAUAUUGAUUAAAGAACGGGCGGCAUGCGGUUUCCCCUUCCAGUGCCCCCACCACCCGCAUUGAGUCAUUUACAUGAUCGUCUGGAAAGCAGAGCACAAUUGGAGAACAAAUGAAAACGCUCUCGGCGAGCGUAACGACGAGCGUUUGGGGCUGUGCUGGCUGUCAGUCGCUGAUUAGCCCGCUCGCAGGCCAGACACUCCGCUCCCAGAUAAGGAAAACUACCCCCCAGAGCUUGUCCACGAAAAUUGUUUUCAAAUAGAUAAGAAAUUGGCAUAAAUUUGAAGCUCACUGCAGAAGACAUUUCAAUUGGUUCACGCAAAGCCAAGCAGCAACAUGCCUUCCGAUCAGGAUCCGACUCCAGAGCAGAUAAGCCAAGUCAAGACUAGCAUUCUGCAGAGACUGGAGAAACAGCCACCAGCAGAACCAUUCCAUCCCAACGAUCUAAAGCGAAUUACGGACAGUGACCUUUGGAUCACCAAGCUUCUGCAGGUCUAUGACUUCGAUGUGGAGAAGUGCAUCACGAGGUUGUGGGACAACCUCGCGUGGCGGAAGAGCUUUGGAGUUUAUGACAUCACCGAGGCGAACCUUAAUCAGGAGUUUCUGAACGAUGGCUCCAUCUUUGUGCACAACAAGGAUAAGGACGGAAAACCCCUGCUGAUCCUUACCAUCAAGAAACACUCGAAGAGCCGCAAUCAGCAGGACCUCCUGCGCAUCCUUGUCUUCUGGAUUGAGCGACUGCAGCGGGAAAGUAACCUGGACAAGAUUACCAUAUUCAUGGACAUGACUGGCGCCGGUCUGAGCAACUUGGACCUGGGCUUCAUCAAGAGUAUCAUCGGAGUGUUCGAGACCAAGUAUCCCUAUGUGCCAAACUAUAUUCUGGUGCAUGAUUUGCCUUUUCUGCUAGAUGCUGCCUUUAAAUUGGUUAAGACCUUCUUGCCACCCGAAGCACUGAAGAUCCUUAAGGUGACCACCAAAAAGGAUAUCGAUCAGUAUGUGGACAAGGAUAACUGCCUGAAAAUCUGGGGCGGUAAUGAUGACUACGUUUACAAAUUCGCCUAAAACUUGCCCAACAACUUUGUAUUAUAGUGUAAAUAAUAAUACGAUAUUUAUUGACCAUA